AUGGCGAGUGCCCGGAUGCCCGUCUUCCCUGCGCUCGUUCCCGUUCUGUUCGCCGUAGGCUUGGUUGCACUGCAAGGAGCCGUGUUACGCGCUGGUGCCGCCGAUACCUUCACCGUCGACCGGCCGUUGUCCGGCAGCCAGAGCCCACUUGUGUCCAAGAGUGGCAAGUUCGCGCUCGGUUUUUUCCAGCCAGAUAACUCCCGGCGUUGGUACAUCGGCAUAUGGUACAACGAAAUGCCAGGGCAAGUGCCAGUGUGGGUCGCAAAUAGGGACUCUCCGGUCUCAAACCCAGAUACAUCACGCCUAACCAUAUCAACAGAUGGUAAUAUUGUCCUACUUGAUGAUUCAAGAUCGGCGGUCUGGUCUACCAACAUGACAACCAUCACCUCUUCCAAUGUUGGUGUCAUCCUUGACACCGGAAACCUUGUACUAGCAGACACAUCCAACACCUCCAUCAUCCUAUGGCAAAGCUUUGACCAUUUCGGCAACACAUGGCUCCCUGGUGGCAAGGUCGGGCGGGGGAAUCUCACCGGUGGGAGCACAAGUCUAAUCUCAUGGAAGACUUUUAAUGACCCAACACUAGGGUUUUUCUCCCUUGUAUUCGACCCGAAUGGCACAAGCCAAUUCUUGCUCAUGUGGAACAGUACCCAACAGUAUUGGAGCAGCGGCAACUGGACUGGCCAAGGUUUCUCCGGCUUGCCAGAGAUGUCACAUAGUAAUGGCUACCCCAACUCGAUGUACGAAUUCGAAUUCGUCCACAAUGCAAAAGAGAGCUACUUCAUGUACAAUAUCAAGGGCGAUGCAUUCAUCACGAGAUUUGUCAUGGACGCAACAGGGCGUAUUCUUAUCUUCACAUGGAUUGAGAGCGCCAAGGAUUGGAUGUUGUCCUUGACGGCACCCAAGGCAAAGUGUGAUGUGUACUCGUUGUGUGGGUCGUUCAGUGUCUGCACCGAGAAUGGAUUGGCGUUAUGUAGCUGCCUUCGUGGUUUCAGUGAGGAAUACCAGGGCCAAUGGUCACAGGGCGAUCACACUCAAGGCUGCAGAAGAAACGUUGCCCUUCAGGGCAGCAGCAAUGGCUCGCAGAGUGACAGGUUCUACACUAUAAUGGGUGUGAAGUUACCAAGCAAUGCACAUGACAUUGUCGCUGCUGGUAGUAUCCAAAACUGUGAGCUUGCAUGUCUAAGAAGGCGUGACUGCACUGCUUAUUCCUUCAACGGCAGCUGCUCAGUUUGGUACGGGGACCUUAUCAACCUACAAGUGAUGAGUAGUGAUGUUGGUACUAAAGGUGGUUCUAUUCAAAUCCGUUUGGCUGCAUCCGAGUUCUCUAGCAGAAAGUCAAUAAAGAAGAAACUGGCUAUCAUUAUCACCAUUGCCACUAUUAGUGUUGCACUAAUAAUUGCAUUAAUUUUCCUAGCGAGGAAAAUGUUUAAGGAGGAGGUGACAGUCAAGGGAUCACUGACGGCAUUCAGAUAUCGGAAUGUGCAAACACUUACCAAAAACUUCUCCACGAAGCUCGGUGGUGGCGCCUUUGGCUCGGUGUUCAAAGGGUCACUGGCCGAUGGAACCAUGGUGGCUGUAAAGAAGCUCGAAGGAUUUCGUCAAGGGGAGAAGCAGUUCCGCGCAGAGGUGAGCACCCUUGGCACUGUUCAACAUGUCAACUUAAUUCGACUACUCGGUUUUUGUUCAGAGAAAAAGAACAAGCUACUUGUCUAUGAGUACAUGCCAAAUGCCUCGCUAGACCGGUACCUCUUCGAGAGUAGCGAACAACCGCUGCUAAGCUGGAGCACGAGGUACCAAAUUGCACUCGGAGUCGCUAGAGGAUUACACUAUCUCCAUGAGAGAUGCAGGGACUGCAUCAUCCACUGUGACAUCAAACCUGAAAACAUACUGUUGAGCGACACCUUUGUGCCAAAAGUUGCAGACUUCGGGCUCGCAAAGCUCAUGGGCCAUGACUUCAGUCGUGUGCUGACGACGGUGAGGGGAACAGUAGGAUACCUCGCGCCUGAGUGGAUAGCUGGCACGGCCAUCACAACAAAGGCGGAUGUUUAUAGCUAUGGUAUGAUGUUGUUCGAGAUUGUGUCCGGCAGGAGGAACUCGAGGCAGCGGCAGGACAGCAAGGCGGAUUUCUUCCCGUUGUUGGCUGCGUUGAGGCUAACUGAAGGGGAACUAGAGGGUCUCGUGGAUACCCGGUUGGGCUGCGACGUGGACUUGACUGAGGUGGAAAGGGUCUUUAGGAUCGCGUGCUGGUGCAUCCAGGACGAGGAAGGCGCUAGGCCGGCCAUGGCGACGGUGGUGCAGGUUCUGGAGGGCCUGGUUGAUGUCAAUGUCCCGCCGGUGCCGAGAUGGAUUAAACACCUCACAGACCAAUCGACUUAUGUGGAGUUCUCUUCGGAGUUACUGUCAGAAUGA